AUGCGCGGUGUUUCGGACGACGUGAGCCCCACGUUCUGGCCAAACGGGUUCAUGGGCGACGCGCGCGGCAACACCGCGUCCGGGUCCAGGAAAUUGUCCCCACAAUUACAACUUGCCGUUGGCGGGAGGUCGGCCAGAAUAUCGUCUGUGGGGCCAUCUGAGUCGUCGGAGGAAAGGUCAAGCGCAUCUGCAAGGUCUCGCGGGAUGUCCCCCUCGGUCGGCGUGACCUCCUCGUUGGCAUUGGGGUGUUUGGGCGAGGACGGUGCGUUCAUUAGUACCGGGGUUUUCAUCAACAACGAGUUCCUGGCCACCGACAGCCAGAUCGCCGUGGAGGACCCGGGCACAGGCAAGGAGAUCUGCUCGAUCCAUCUCGGAGACGAAAAGCACGUUGAUCUGGCCGUUGACAGCGCCAGAGCCUGUUUCUCUUCGGUGUGGAAGAAGAAGAACGGCCGCGAGCGGUCGGACCUGCUUCUGCGGAUGUCUGAGCUGAUCAAAGAGCACAGCGACCAGCUGGCCGACCUGGAGGCCUUGGAAUGCGGUAAGCCAAAGGCCAGCAACGCCAUCUUUGACGUUCUGCACUCUGGAGACGUUUUCCGUUAUUAUAGCUCGUUGGCCAUAAGUGCCGAGGACGGCAAGACCAUCGAGACGGACCGGUCCAAGUUCACAUACACCAUCACGGAGCCAUACGGGGUGUGUGCUGCCAUCAUGGCGUGGAACUUCCCGAUGUCCACGUUUGCGUGGAAAGUGGCUCCGUGUCUGGCUGCGGGCAACGCGAUUGUGGUGAAGACGUCGGAAAAUACGCCGUUGUCUGCGCUGUUCAUGUGCGAGCUGUUUGUAAAGGCGGGUGCUCCGCCAGGACUGGUGAACGUUGUUUGCGGACUCGGGGCCAAGGUGGGCUCGCACAUCGCCGCACACAAGGGUAUCGACAAGAUCACCUUCACGGGCAGCACGGGCGUGGGCAAAAUCAUCCAGAAACUGGCCGCUGAGAACCUGAAGGUGUGCACUCUCGAGUGCGGUGGAAAGUCGCCGCUGAUCGUGUACGACGACGCCGACCUGGACCAGGCGGUGAAGUGGGCCGCGUUCGGCAUCUUCUUCAACAAGGGCGAGAUCUGCACGGCCUCGUCGAGAAUCUACGUCCAGGACAGCAUCUACGACGAGUUUCUGGAGAAACUCAAAAGUCACGUGCAGCAGAACUUUGUGCAAGGGUCCCAGUUUACAGAGGGCGUGAAUGUGGGUCCGCAGGUGUCCAAGGCCCAGCAGGACAAGAUCUUGGAGUACGUCAAGGCGGGCGUGGAAGAAGGCGCUCGUUUGGUGCUUGGCGGCGUCAAGACGGCCAAAUACUCCGAAGGUUACUACAUCGACCCAACUAUUUUGGCCGACUGCAACCAAAAGAUGCGCGUUGUCCAGGAGGAAAUCUUUGGGCCUGUGGUGACGGUGGCCAAGUUCAGCACGGACGACGAGGCCAUUGCGCUGUCGAACGACUCCGACUACGGUCUUGCCGCGUACCUGUUCACGAGCAACCUGAACCGGUCGCAGAAGUACAUCCGCGAGGUGGAGAGCGGACAGGUGUUUGUGAACUACACGUUUGCCGCGGACUACCGCAUGCCAUUUGGCGGGUACAAGAUGAGCGGAAUUGGGCGCGAGCUGGGUGAGGCAGGUCUGGCAGCGUUUAGCCAGACGAAAGCGGUGCACAUAAAUCUGACCAUAGAGCGUGGCCGUGGCGUCCAUGUUCCCCCCAGACAGCAUAACAUUGAUCAUUACACAGUACAGCAUAUAUUCAAAAGGAACAUGUCGCAUUCCGCAGAGUCGCCCGCCAAAUUGACUGCUACCGGCGAGCCCGACGCUCAGUCGGCAGCUGCCAAACUCAGGCCGGACAUCUCGAGUCUUUUGCGGGUGAAAAAACGACCGAUGCAAGACCUAUUGAUCGGCGAGUACAGCCCAAAACCUAAAGCGCCGCGACGCGAAAAAGAAUGCCCCCAGUUUCUAGACUCAUCAUUGACCCAGCUGUUGGAGGCCAGAAAAUACACCGACCUGUACAAAGCCCUGGCCUCCUUAUCGCUCACUCCCUUGGAGUUUGAACAAUUAAUCAUCAGAGCGUCCAACUACACGUUCGCAUACAAGCUGUGCCAGCAGCACCGCGAUAUAUUCGACUACAGCGGCCUCAGCACCCCUUUUCUGGAGAAACUGCUGCUGGUGCUGUACAUGAACUUCGACUACACGGAGUUUGACCGCAUAUUCACCGUUUAUUUAAGCCGUGUGGACGAGCCGGCCUCAGACUGUCUGCGGCUGGCUCUGCGGAUCUAUCUCAAGACCGAGAACGUCAGCGUGGCCACCCAGAUCUUCAACCAAUCGGUCAUGUCGUCGCAGAGUCUGUCUCCAGACGUUCUGGACUCGUAUUUGAGAGAUUUGCAAGCACACACGUUCAAUUCAUCGCUGUGUUUCAUGGCGUACCGCCUGUGGGUGUCCAAAGGGUUUGCAGUGCACUUCCGCACGCGCGUGCUGCUCUACAAGUUUGUCAUGAGCCAGGGCACCCAGGAGCAGGAGGAGUGGGUCAUUGGCCAGCUCGAAAAAGACGGCUGCUACCAUGCGUGGUUUAUAGACGAGCUGGAAGAAAUCGCCACGCCCGCAGAAGCGCGCCGGUUCAUGGCCAAGGAGUACGGCGAGUGGCUCGGCAGACUCGAGCCGGGCGAAAAGGAGAGUUUCCUGAGCGAGUGCGUCCACAUGCUGAUGCGCGUUGGCGAGAUUUCCUGGGUCCGCGAUAUAUUAAACCACACAGACACCCAGGACGAGUUCGAGGUGCUUUUGAAACGGGUUCUUUGGGCACUGCAGAACGACUGCCGCCCAGAAGUGUACGCGCGUUUGCUUGUGAAGCUGUCGGAGGAAAUCCGGCUGCGAUUCCGCGAGGAGUAUUUUUAUGACCUGUGGAAAUGCUACGGGAAAACGUACCCUGCUCUGCGUAAAGAAAUUACCGCCAGGUUCCAAAGCCACAUGCACGCAGACCCGACAAUGCUCACGGGCCGGUACGCGAGCGUGAUCCAGAACGACCGCGUCUCGCUCCGCGCUAAAGUGGUGGGCGAUCAGGCUGCUCCGGUGCUACCAACCAUGGGGUUGAUAGAGAGCCGGCUGCGCAGCGGGAUCCGGCCACGUCCGGGGCUGCUGAUGACCGCAAUCAACGCCACACGCUCGCUCGACGAGCUCGACAAGCUGACCAUGUUCGUGGUGUCGAACCCAAAGAUCCUGGACCCGGAAAGCGUGCCGUUCAAGCUGCUACUGUUCCGCAAGCGCAAGACGCUGAAUCCGCACUUCCGGCGGGGAAUUUUCCGGUUCCUGGGGCAGCUGGUGGAGGACUCGGGCGACCAGCUCACCGCGACAGACCUGUCGUCGAUGCUGCUCGAAUCGGCCAAGUUCCACAACCACGAGUUUGGCAACGUCCUGCUCUCGCGCAUAGCAGAACUCCAGCCACACGACUCCACGGAACAGCUGCGUGUCAUCUACGCGGUGAUCCGGUUCUUCUUUGAUCAAGGCCGGCCCGACCAGGUGAUUCUGCUCCUGGAGGUCAUCAAGGCCGACCCGCAGUUCUGUCCAACCGACUAUUUUGUCAGAAACGUUAAAUCAGCAGGAACUUUUUAUGCUGCCAACGUCCAGCACCCGGAAAUCAAGGACAAGUUCGAGACUUACCUACAGCACACGGUGGAGUGUUUGUACGAGCAGAUCCAGAAGCAGCGGGAGCGGGUUUUGCGCGAGCUGGAUACGCAUCUGGAGCUACUAGAUAGAUGGAGACUUCAGCUGCUAGACGGGUUUCUGGACGCCAUUGUGAGGGACCACCCGGAUCAGAAAGAAUCCAUAACCAGAACAGUACAAGAACGGAGUGCGUUAUAUGAGGCCGAUACAAAUAACGGCAACGGUUAUUUCCGCAAGUUAUUCGAGAACUACUCGGAGGCCGUCCUGGACACGAGCGACGGUAUCCCGCGGUGCAGCGUUUGCCAUUGGGAAGCCCACGGAUCGCGGUGCAUGAACUGCGGGCGACGGCUGUUAGGAGCAAACGACGACGAUGACGACGACAGCGACAGCGACGACGACACACGAGGCGAUUAUAACUUUUCAGACGAGACGGCCCAGCAUGACCACGACCACCACGACGAGGCAGAUUUCUCGUACUUGUCGUCCGACGAACCUUUGUCGUACGCAGAGUCGCCCGACGGCGGCGAAGAAGUCGAUCGAGAACGGCUGGCUACAUUUGUGACAGGUUUUACGAUGCCGUACUUAAUUGACCGACUGUUCUUCUCGAGAUCAGCGGACGAGGAAAGCAUGGACUCCUCGGACAUGGACUACGUGGGUAGUUCAGAGGCAGGCAGUCGGCAUGAACAAAUCGAGGAGGACAGGUCUGAAGAAGGGUCCGACGAGGGGUUCCAAAGAUGGCGGGCACGGCGUGGAACACGGUUAUUAUCUAGCGAUAGCGAUAACGAUGAGUAA